AUGGCAGCCCUGACCGCCAGCGCCGCCCUGCUCUUCUGCUCCUGCGACCCUGCUUUCGCGGCAGGGAGCGGGGGACGCAUGGGUGGCAGCGCCUUCUCCAGCUCGAGCAGCAGCAGCAGCCCGUCGUCCGGAUUUCAAGACAGCGGCAGCUCCUUUCCAUUGGGCCGGGGCGCCGACUCCUCGUCCCUGCAGCAGCAGCGUUCCCAGGGCGCCCGCUCCCUCUCCUCGCCGGCGGCUCGCUCCUCGGGCGGUCACCACCUCAGCGUGACGGGCCGGAGCGCGCUGGCCCCCGCCUACAUGACCCCCCUGGGCGGCGGCGGCGGCGGCUUCGGCCUCACCUCCCUCCUUUUCUGGGGCGUGUUUGCCUUCAUCAUGGUCAAGGCGGCGCAGGGCGUGCUGGGCGGCGGCGGCGGCUCCCGCGCCCUGCGUGAGGGCGACGACCCGGUCAGCGUGGCGAAACUGCAGGUGGCCCUCCUCGGCUCCGCGCGGGGCCUGCAGCGGGACCUGGAGCGCAUCGCCAGCCGGGCCGAUACCAGCGGCCCCACGGGCCUCCACUUCAUCCUCCAAGAGACGGUGCUGGCCCUGCUUCGGAACCCAGACUACGCGGUGUACGGCUAUGGGAAGAGCGGGCGGGAGGACAGCCCCGACGCCGCCGAGAACAGGUUCAAUGCCCUGUCCCUGGAAGAGCGGCGCAAGUUCGAGGCGGAGACGCUGGUCAACGUCGGCGGGCGCAAGCGCCAGUCCUCGCUGAACAGGCAGUCCUCGGGGCCCAACGAGCUCAUCGUGGUCACCAUCCUGGCCGCGGUGGCAGCCCCGCUGAAGCUGCCACGCGUGACCAGCCGCGAGGAGCUGCUGGAGGCCCUGUCCAAGCUGGGUGGGGUGAGGAGCGAGGACGUGCUGGCGGUGGAGGUGCUGUGGACGCCGGAGGAGGAGGGCGACACCUUCACGCAGGAGGACCUGUUCACCGACUACCCGCAACUGAACAACCUCUAG